AUGGAAGAAUAUAAAAAUAGUGUGGAAACAUGUGAAAGAGAGCAAAAUGAAUACAUAAUUAAUAAUCAAGGAACUAAAGAAGAUUGUAAUGUUGGGGUUGAAUUAACAGAUAAAGAUAAUGAUUCAGGAAAAUCAAAAGAAGAUAUCAUUUUUGAAAAUGAAGAGGAAAGUAAUUAUCUAGAAAUUUCAUGUCCUAGUUAUGUAGAUGCAAUUUCAGAGCAAGCCGACGAAUCUAUAACUUUUGAUCGAGACGAAGAUAUUGAUGGUGGUGGCGAUAUUGAUGGUGGUGGCGAUAUUGAUGGUGGUGGCGAUAUUGAUGGUGGUGGCGAUAUUGAUGGUGGUGGCGAUGGCGAAACGAAUAAAACAGAGUUGCAUGCAGAAGAAGGUAUUAAAACUAUUGAUAUGAAAAGUGAUGACCAUGUAAAGGAAGGGGCUGACGCACCUCCUAUAUAUUUUGAGGAAGAAAAUGCCGAAGCAAAUGUGGAAGAAAAUGCCGAAGCAAAUGUGGAAGAAAAUGUGGAAGAAAAUGUGGAAGAGCAUGUAGAAGAAAAUGCCGAAGCAAAUGUGGAAGAAAAUGUGGAAGAGCAUGCAGAAAAAAAUGCAGAAAAAGAUGCAGAAAAAGAUACAGAAAAAGAUGCAGAAAAAGAUACAGAAAAAGAUGCAGAAAAGGAUUCCGAAAAAGAUGCAGAAAAGGAUUCCGAAAAAGAUGCAGAAAAGGAUUCCGAAAAAGAUGCAGAAAAGGAUUCCGAAAAAGAUGCAGAAAAGGAUUCCGAAAAAGAUGCAGAAAAAUCACACAAACCUAGUAGCAAAAAUAAUUAUGUAAUCGAAAUAGACGAUUCGUCAGGAGAACAAAACGAUACAAAUUGUUUAUCUUACUCUAAAAAAAGUAAAAAAAGUGAUGAUAAAAAUUGUAGUAUGAAUCAGAAUGAUAACAAAAGUCUUAAUAAUAAUGAUGGUUCAGAAAAAUGUGAAUCAAAGUUAGGAAAUUAUGAAAAUUUAAAAAAAAUAAAAAAAGAGAUAAAUGACGAUGAUGAUGUAGAAAUAGUUAAAACUGUUUUUAUUGAAGUAGACGGAAAUUAUGUUCAAAUUCAAGAUGAUAAAAUUAUAAAUUUAGAAAAUAAGAAAAAUAAUCGAAAACGAAAUAGAGAUGAAAAAAAUGAACAUGAAGUAAUUUCGGUAGAUACUCAAGAAGAAAAUUGUUUUGUAAAAAGAGAAGAAAACUGUUUUGUAAAAAGAGAAAAAAACAGUUUUGUAAAAAGAGAAGAAACUAGUUUUGUAAAAAGAGAAGAAACUAGUUUUGUAAAAAGAGAAGAAACUAGUUUUGUGAAGAAAGAUGAAAAUAGUUUUGUGAAAAGAGAAGAAACUAGUUUUGUGAAGAAAGAUGAAAAUAGUUUUGUGAAAAGAGAAGAAACUAGUUUUGUGAAGAAAGAAAAUAUAAAAAAAAAGAAAAAAAAGAAAAAAAAGUUGCGUAAAAAAAACAUAAAUAACAAACGGAAAUUAGCAUUAAGUAAAGAACUUGCGAGUUUGGGUAUAGAAGAAGAUAGUAUAACAGGUAUUUUAUAUGAGCAUUUUAAAAAAAUAAAAGCAAAAGUAAAUAAAUAUAGAAAAUUAAAAAAAAAAAAAAUGAAUGAGUUUAAUAAUUCUCAAAAAAAAAAAAAAAAAAAAAAAUUAGGAUAUAGAUUUGAAAAAAAUAAAAAUGGAAUAUUUGAUUUCCUAGUACCAGUUGCAUCUGAAAUUUUAGCAUUUAAAAAAUGUGAAGAUAUAAAAUUAAUUUGUAAAAAUAUAAUUGCUACUGAAAGACAUAUAGAAUAUAUAUAUGUAUGUUCUGAACAUAAAAAUUGUAAAGGUAAAAUUAUUAUUAUGGUUAAUAUAAAAAAUAAUAGAGUUGAAAUAAAAGCAACCGGAUCAAUUUGUGUAAGUUUUAAAGAUUUAUAUAAUGAAAAUAAAAAUAUAGGUUCUUGUAAAUAUAAUUGGAUAUAUUUAGAUGCAUGCUUAAGUAUACAAGAUGGAAAAAAUAGAGCAACCAAUAUGGGAUAUAAAUAUUUUAAUAGUAGUGUUACUGGUAAACGAUAUGUUCGAAAUUUUAUUUGUUUUUUAAAUACUCAAUGUAAUAGUAGAUUACGUAUUGUACAAGAUGUGCCUAGUAAUCAAAUUUGGAUAGAAUUAUCAGAACUAAAUCAUGAUAUGCAUUGCCCAUUUUAUCGUGGAAUUACUAAAGAAGGUGUUCUUAAAUUGAACGAAGCUAUUCUCACCUGCUCUUUAAAUGAUGUAAAAUUAGCUGUUUCGACCAUUAUAGAAAAUUAUAAUAAAAAUGAUGAUGAAGGCAAAAGAAACACAUCCGAAAAUGUGCAAGACAGCAAGGUGGAAGAUAGCAAUGUGGAAGGUAACAAAGUGGGAGAUAAAAUGAAUAUGCCAAGAAUGGAAGAUAACAAAGUGGGAGAUAAAAUGAAUAUGCCAAGAAUGGAAGACAAAAUGAAUAAGGCAGGAAUACAAGCCAGCAAAAUGAAUAAGGCAGGAAUACAAGCUAGCAAAAUGAAUAAGGCAGGAAUACAAGCUAGCAAAAUGAAUAAGGCAGGAAUACAAGCCAGCAAAGUGAAUAAGGCAGGAAUACAAGCCAGCAAAGUGAAUAUGCCAAGAAUACAAGCCAGCAAAGUGAAUAUGCCAAGAAUACAAGCCAGCAAAGUGAAUAUGCCAAGAAUACAAGCCAGCAAAAUGAAUAUGCGAAGAAUACAAACCAGCAAAAUGAAUAUGGCCGAAAUGCAAAACAAAAUGAAUAUGCGAAGAAUACAAACCAGCAAAAUGAAUAUGCCAGGAAUGGAAGGUAACAAAAUGAAUAUGCCAGGAAUGGAAGGUAACAAAAUGAAUAUGCCAGGAAUGGAAGGUAACAAAAUGAAUAUGCCAAGAAUGGAAGGUAACAAAAUGAAUAUGGCCGAAAUGCAAGACAAAAUUAAUAACAAUGGCGAUAACAGACAGAAUUAUAUUUUAUCUAUAAAUCAAAAUAACCAGAAUCACAUGAAUAAUUGUAUAGAAAAAAAUUCUUAUAAUUUUCAACAUUCAAAUUUUUAUGAUGUUAAAAAAAAUGAGAAUAUGAUGGGUUCUACAUAUAACAAUAUGAAAUUCCAAAAUAGUGACACAAAUUCUGAAUUGGUUUCAAAUUUACAUUCUAUUCUAAAUUAUAAAAAUAAAUAUUCAGAAAAUAGUAUGACUCAUUCAAAUAUAAUGCAAAACAAUGAAAAUAACAUUUAUAAUUCUGGAAUUGAUAUGGACUAUCAAUAUGUAUCUAAUAAUUUAAAUGGAAAUAAUUUGAAUAACAAAAGAAUUAGAAUAGAAAUGCAAAAUCAAGAAUAUAUAAAAGAUAAAAAUGAUAAGUUAAUUAUUCAAAAUUUAUCUGACUGUUCAGAAAUUAGAAACACAAUAAAUGUAAAUAUUGAGGGUUCUGAAAAUUUUGAAUUAAAUAAACCCCCAAAUAAUGUUAUGCACAAUUUUCAAGCAAAUAACCAACACAUAUUUGGAAAGGAGCAUAAUUAUCAAAAUGGGCAAAAUGGCGAUACACAUUUUGAACAGAAUCGUGGCCCAUCUUACCAGUUUCCAAACAAUAUGAAUGAAAAUAAUAUAAAACCAAAUGUAUCUAAUAAAUCGAUUUUAAAUAAAAUAAAUGCGUUUCAAAAUGAGAUGCUGCGUACGAGCAUGUAUAAUAAUAGCAACAAUAAUAAUAGCAACAAUAGCAAUAAUAAUAAUAGCAAUAAUAGCAAUAAUAAUAAUAGCAAUAAUAGCAAUAAUAACAAUGCAGAAAUGGAAACACAAAAUGUUGUAGACAUGCCCCAAAUAAAUUAUAAUAACUAUCGCAAUUAUAUGGAGAAAAAUAAUAACAGCAUGUAUCUCGAAAAACAGAAUCACCCCUCAAAUGUGCAGGCAAAUCAUCACUCAAAUGUGCAGGCAAAUCAUCACUCAAAUGUGCAGGCAAAUCACCACUCAAAUGUGCAGGCAAAUCACCACUCAAAUGUCCAGGCAAAUCACCACUCAAAUGUCCAGGCAAAUCACCACUCAAAUGUCCAGGCAAAUCACCACUCAAAUGUCCAGGCAAAUCACCACUCAAAUGUCCAGGCAAAUCACCACUCAAAUGUCCAGGCAAAUCACCACUCAAAUGUCCAGGCAAAUCACCACUCAAAUGUCCAGGCAAAUCACCACUCAAAUGUCCAGGCAAAUCACCACUCAAAUGUCCAGGCAAAUAUUUUAAGUCGGAAUGUAGAUCAAAAUUUGUUUAUGGAUUCCGAAUUAUAUAAGCAUUCCCAAAUGGAGGAUAAGAAUGUUUUGAUUUUACCAGUUGGAUAUAAAAAUAGUAAUCUUGAAUCAAAUAAUUUUAUAAUUCCAAAUCAAAAAGGUUUAUCUGUUAAUCAUCAAGAAAAUAUGGCAUCUUUUGUUGGAAAAGAAGGUGAUAUUAGGAAAAAUGAUAAUAUUGAUAGAAUGUAUAAAAAUAUAUAUGAUGAAAUGAAAAAUUUGGAUAAUAUUAUUAGUGGAAAUAGUAGUUUAUCGUCAGGAAAUAGUAGCAUUUUAUCGUCAGGAUGUAGUAAUGGUUUUUCAUCAGAAUCUAGUAUUAUAGCAACUAGUUCUUCAAUUAGUAGCUAUGACUAUAGUAGCAAUUCUAGUGAAUUUAAAUCAGAUAGUCAAAAUAUUUAUCUACAAAUAGAUAAUGAAGAAUUCCAAAACAAUAAUAACAAUCUUCAAUCUGGAGAGGAAAAAGGGGAACAAAUAAAUUAUUCUAAUGCGAGUGUAGCUUUAAAUAACACACAAAAAAAUAUAUCAGAAUCUUAUAUGCAUUCUGAAAUGUCUUCAAAAUUUGUAAAAUUAAAUAAUUACGAAAAUCAAGGUUUUACAAAUUCGGCAGUAUAUAAUAUAUAUAAUGGAGGUAACAAUUUGGAUAUGAACAACAUUGUACAGAUAAACAGCCAUGAUAGGAAUGGGAAUUUUAGAAAUGUGGGUGACAAUGAUAACCAUUUACCUAACACGAGUGCAUCUAAUGUGAACUUUAGAAAUUUGGGCGACAGAAAUUUGGGUGAUAGAAAUUUGGGCGAUAGGGCAAGUGCUGGCAUUCCGAAUUAUAGACACGAAAUAAAUAUUCCAAAUGGUAUAUAUAAUAAAAAUAUAAACCCAGAAAUUGUAAAUUUAGAAAAUGCUAAUGUAUAUAUGAAUCGCAAAAUAGGAGAGAUAGAUGUUUCAGGAAAUGUUCAAAAUUUAAAUAUGAAUAAUGGACAUGUUUUUAACAGAUAUUUUGUGCCAAAUAAUUUCAAUGGGGAGAUGCCAAGAAUAAAUGGAGAGAUGCCAAGAACAAACGGGGAGAUGCAUAAAAUAAAUGAGGAAAUGUACAGAAUAAAUGGAGAGAUGCAUAAAAUAAAUGGGGAGAUGCCAAGAAUAAAUGGGGAGAUGCCAAGAAUAAAUGGGGAGAUGCCAAGAAUAAAUGGGGAGAUGCCAAGAAUAAAUGGGGAGAUGCAUAAAAUAAAUGAGGAAAUGUACAGAAUAAAUGAAGAAGUGUACAGAACGAAUAGAGAGAUGUACAGAACAGCUGAAGAAAAUAUAAUAACUCAAAAUGUUGAUAUAAAAAAUUACCAAAUGAAUUAUAAUCUAAAAAAUAUAAAUAAUUUACACAAUAAUUUAUAUAUGGAAAACAUAAAUAUGAAUAAUGACUACAAACAAUUGAUAUUGAAUGGGUAUACUAACAAUAAUAAUAAUAAUAUCAGAUAA